AUGGCUCUGCUGUCUAAGAGGGAAAUCAUUGAAUUUAGGCCUAUUGGCGACGGAUUGAAUGCAUUCCGCGACGAGUUCGUAUCGACUUGCAGAAGUUCGGGUCUUCCUUGCUCCGUCCAAUCUGUACACGAGCUUGAUCAUGAUGGACAAAUGACUGUAUCUAACCGUGAAUUAGCUCUUCAGAGCCUGUGCAUCUGGCUAAUACUGGCAUUGCAGGCCCUUCCCGCUUCCCGCGCCUUGCCCCCUGUAGUUGGCGCCCACAAAAACCUUUUUAAUGAUUUAUCCAGGUUAUGCUCGAGUAUCAACUCCGACGAAUUCAACCUGGAGCGACUUCUGCCCUUAUCAAUCGCGGCAUUCAACAGAGAAUUUGAUGAGGUCAUUUGGGAUAAACUCUACGCAGCGGCGGCAGAAACCACGCCCCCCCACCCAAGGCCGCCACCGUACGUCGAGCAAAUGCCGUAUUCCUGUUCUACAAGCAUGAUCUCGAAUUCGCAUGAACGUCGGGAUGACAUAGACCCUGUGCUGAAGAAGGAACUAGGCUCAAUAUACACGGAUGUACCUGGAUUUGAGGAGGCAUUCUUCGGAGGAGUUAAAGAUCUGGAGAAAGCUGGCACUGCUGUCUUCCAUAGAUUCAUUGAGGGGGAUGAUCCUCUAUACAGGGAAACAGCUGGCUGGCGUGACUGGCCUCAAUCUGCAGAGGAAAAGCAGGUCCUGGAUUGCAAGAAAAGCUUCGCCGGUAGCAGGAGAAGCAAGAGAAGCAACGCUUAG